AUGGCGGAGGAGGAUGAGGAGGAGAUUACUGAGGACCAGCUAAGAGUGAAGCCCAAGCCUCCCCCCGUCUCUGCUUUGUGCGAUUUCAGCUACAUCCCGCCCCGGCGCUUGGACCCUAAGGAGCACAGCUACUUCUACCAGGAAGGCAAGACAGGAGUUGUUUCCAUAUUUGAUUGUAUUUUUAAAAGACCUCUGGAUUACAAUCAAAAGUUGCAUCGAGAUGAUCGAGAGCAUGCCAAAAGUAUAGGACUCAAGGUUAACGAGGAGGAAUGGGCAAGACCUAUUGGAGCAUUGACCUCUUCUAUUUAUGGAAGACAUAUAUAUAAGCCUGUGGAAGAGAUGAACAGAGAGCACGUGAGGGUUAACCAUUUGAAGGUGGAGUUCUACCGAAAGAAUUCUAUCACUUGCAUGGAAGAACCUGGUUUUGGGCACAUUGCCCCAUCCUAA